AUGCCAGUGUUUUACACUCCUAUACCCCAGAAUUUAAGGGUAGGUCUAGCCCAUGUAAGUGGUUCUGUCUUUGCCAACAACAGGACACGAGAUAGCGCCGACCUUAGAGAGCGCCAUGACAAUGCAGUGCACGAGGUGGUCUCUCAUCUACCCCUACAGAUGCUUCUGUAUUUCAAUAUGUUUUAUUUCCCUUUCUGGUGGAUUUCUGAGGUCGUCAUGUUGGACUUGAAGUUCUCUGUAUUGCCAGGAUACUAUCAGUGCCUGCUGGUGACGGGGAUGGUGCUCCUGACUGUUUUUGAAGUGUUGAGAGUCUAUCUGGGCUUUGUUGGCAACCUCAAAGAGAAGGUCCCAGAACUCGCAGGCUUCUGGCUUCUCUCUUUCCUCUUCCAGCUGCCCAUCAUUCUGUUCUUCCUCACGGAUGAGGGCCUUGUCAUCCUUCCUCUGGAGCGUGCCGUCCAUUCCAUUUAUCUCGUCUUUCUCCUGGGCGAAGUGCUGGCCUCCUUCUCUGCUCUGCGCACCAUGAGUCGCAAACUGGUCCUGCAGUUUCACCUCCGCCAGUUCAGGGAGGUGGAGAACCUGCAUGCCUGGGAUCCCGUCCCACUCUUUGCACUUCAGUAUGGGAGAAGCGUUCUGCCCAUGCCUCCAGCUAGGAACAUCCAGCAUCAGUGA